AUGUCUCUCCAUCAGCGAGUAUCCGCCAAUCACGGGCGGAGGGCCUCCGUCUCGCACUCGGCGACUUACGGUUUGUCUACCCAUAGUUUCUCACAUGUGCCCAAUCGCUCAAUCCCAUCUGCAGUGACGUCCGAUUACGAGCAGCGCCUGCUCGAUUCCCUCAACACGGCUCACACGGAGCUCAACAAGACCAACUCGGAAAGGGACCGAUAUUUCGGCCUCCUCGAACAGGCCAACAAGAAGCUCGCCGAGGUUACCGUCACUAAUACCGACCUCAAGUCACAGAACCAGAACUUGAAAGACACCAUCGCCUCUCUGCAGGAGAGGAUCCAGCGUGGUAAGGAAGAAAGCGACAGGCUCGGCUUCGAGAAUGACGCUCUGGCACAAGACUAUGCCGAGCUCAAGGCCAAAUACAGCAGUCUGUCUCAUCAGUUCAAUGCACUCAACAGCGCUCCUCCGCCAUUCUCCAACAACGCUCCCAACGGUUUGUCAGGGUCGAUGCCGGAACGUCCCAAGCUCUCUCGCUCCUCCAGCAAGAAGGAGCGCAAAGAAGAUCGUGAGGAGCGCAGUCGAGUCCGAGACAAGGAAAAGUCUCGAGAUCGCGAGAAGGAGGACAAGCGCGAGAGGGAAAAGGAAAAAGAAAGGGAAAAGGAGCAUGUAAAGGAAAAGGAAAAGAAAGAGCACAGAGCUGAAAAGGAACGGCUCUCUCGUCGCUUUGAAGAACGGCGUGUGGUUCCGCCUGCACCCACCCCGGCGGCUCCAGCACCUCCACCUCCACCGAUCACAAAUCGACGGAACAGCUUCAUCGAGGGCUGGGGCCCCGCCGGCCGGACGUCGUCAGCCUCGGGAUCUUCCACUCGGAGUUACACCAACGGACCCCAUGUGCCCCACGGACCCAACGGACACAUUGGACACAUUGGACACAAUGGACACGCGCAAGUGCCUGCUGUCACACCUGUCAACAAGACGGCCUAUGCCAACAUCUCCCGGACUGCUACCAACCCAAUGACUCCUCGUAUCUACAGCGCUGCUGGAAGCACAGCCGCCGUGUUCGAUGACGACGGGAGUUAUGAGGAUGGCAACUAUCAUGCCUACCCAAUCAGCCGAUAA